AUAAAUUCAGCACAAAUUGAACUUCGCUCGAUCAUAUCCCCGGUAAAUUCUCCAUUACGUACCUACACUUGCUAAAAAAAAAACCAUCAACGCGCAAGCGCAUUGCCAGCAGCAGUGGUAUGGACCCAGUGAAAAAAUCCUCCACUGUUCAGCGAAAAUGUCCUGUCUGAAGGCACACGAGCAAUAUUUUCCGAUUGCAAAGAACCGUGAGACGUGACGAAAAACAUUGAAAGUCAUUACCAUCCAAUCAAUAAUGUAUUGAUACUCUCGAUCAAUCCCCAUUCUCUCGAUUUGUCUCACUUUUACGGAGAUAUCGAUUACAUCGGUCCGGUGUUAUGAGUAUCAUGACAAUAUAUAUCAUUUGAUACAUAAUGUCGAUUUACCGAGGAAGUUAAUAGACGGAAUUAAAGUGACGAAUGAUCUGAAGAAAAUACAUCGAUAUUUGGGCAUGUACUGAAAAGUGGCAAUACAUUUCAAGUAGAAAUACAUGCACGCAGGGGUCUAGAAUUACUUUGUUUGUAAACAAUAUUCUCAUGUUGAUAAUUACUGGUAUUCCUGAGGAGAAACUCAUCCGCUAGUAAUUAAACCCGAUUUUUACCAUUGAGCCCCUCUUCGAGUGAUAUUCGCAGUACCAUUCCCCAGAAUGGAAUUAAGAAGAGGAUCUUUCAUUAAAAAAAUGAUUCUCGUAAUCUGUUUUCUGCUGAUACUUUCCUGGAUAAUAUUGAACGAUACCUCAUGUCUAUUUGGAGGUAUCACACGGAAAAUCACGCUCCAGCGAAUACAGCUCACCACAUUCCAGGAAAUUCAUUUGAAGCGCACUAUCGGGGAAAUUAAAGUUGAGGAAAUUCCACUCGAUGAAGUGCUGAAUGUUGAAGUUAAUGUAACGAGUAAAGUUCAAGUCGUGCCUUUGUGGACUAAUAACGAUAGUUUGACGGACGGUAUCGAGGUAUCACCUAAAUACAGAGUUUUGAAGCACCAGGGGCUCGUAGCCACUAGACAAUUACCAAGUGCUCUGAUUAUUGGAGUGAAGAAAGGGGGUACGAGAGCGCUUUUGGAAUUUUUGAGAUUACAUCCGGAUAUCAGAGCUGCGGGCUCGGAAGUUCAUUUUUUCGAUCAUCAUUAUCCCAAGGGAUUCCAUUGGUAUAGGCACCGAAUGCCGCCAACUCUAGAAGGUCAAGUGACAAUGGAAAAAACCCCUUCGUAUUUCAUAACAGCGGAAGCGCCGAGAAGAGUUCAGCUCAUGAACCCGGGGACGAAAUUAAUUGUCGUCGUUCGGGAUCCAGUGACGAGAGCAAUCUCUGAUUAUACGCAGGUCAAGAGCAAACGUCCAAACCUCCCAAAAUUUGAGGAGAGGGCCUUUGUCAAUGGUUCACAAAUUGUUGAUACUAAUUGGGCUCCACUGAGGAUUGGAGUUUAUUCCCGGUAUCUCGAACGCUGGCUUCAGUAUUUCCCCCUUUCCCAGCUACUCUUUGUAUCUGGGGAGAGGCUGAUUGCUGAUCCAGUGUUUGAGAUUACACGGGUUCAGGAUUUUCUCGGAUUGAAACGAGUGAUUUCAGAGAAACAUUUUUACUUCAAUUCGACGAAGGGAUUCCCUUGUUUGAAGAAGUCUGAGCGGAGCGCUGCUCCUCAUUGUUUAGGAAAAACCAAAGGUCGAAGUCAUCCCCACAUCCAGCAAACAGCAAUCGAACGACUGCGAGACUUCUACCGACCCUUCAAUCAACGAUUCUAUCAGCUCACUGGCAUAAAUUUCGAGUGGACUUAAUCGACGAUCCAAUUGAUCCAAUUUCCCGUAGAAUUAUUACUUUCUAAACAUAUCCUAGACUAUCCAACGAGAGAGCAGUUUUUCCCUUAUCCCCUUUAUGAAAAAAAAAAUUACAAGCUAAGUUUUUCAUAGGUAUUUCACGUGUUUGCAAUCUAGUACUAUCGAUUCCGUUCAACAAUCUCUGAUUCGUCUCGAAAAGAACUUAAAUAUCAUAUCAGAAAAUCUAAUGAAAAUUAAUCAAUGAGACGAGAUGAAACUUGCACGCUUUUGCUCAAUGACUACAUGUACAAAAUUAUUGUAAAUACCACAGAGAAGAUGAAAUUGUAAAUAGCAACACAAUGCGGAUAAGUAUUUGGUAUCGUCGGGUUUGUUAACUCCAGUCGAGCCUAGCUAUGUCACAUAGACUGAUGCAUUUAUUUACAUAAACUAUUGUAGUAAUAAGUGUCAGUACACAUCAAACAAGAUGUAGUUUUUGGAAAUAUAUAUAUUUCUGUCAACAGAACAAACGACAUUAUCUCUUAGCGUUCUACUAACUAUUAUCCAUUGUUUCUAUUUUUUUUACAAAAUUAUCACAGUAUUUUCGGGUACGGAAUGUAUCUAUGUAUUUCUUAUUCAGAAGAAUCCAUGUGUUAAUUUCACUCGAGGCAUUUUAUCUGAUUUAUCAGACCCAGCGGAUUCCACAGAUCAAUUGUCAACGUUUUCUAAUUAUCAGUAAAUACAGGUCUUUUCUUCUCCGACAUUAAUUCCCCCUUUAUUUUUCUUCCACAUCCCUUUAUUAAUUUUAUUUACUCAAAAAGAAAUAGCAUUGAAUACUAGUUUUUAACAAAUGCAAAUAUUAUUAACUGAGGGAGUUCAAAUGAAGUUGAUUAAUAUCCGAUUCUGGGGAAAAACAUUGGGGAAGAAAAUUCGAGUCCACAAUAAUUUACGCAAUAGAUAAUCGAUUAAUGGGAUUAAUUAUUUGUUCCCGCAAAUGGGAAUGUUGAUGGGACGUUGAAUGACGGAAACGUAAGACGUAAGACGAAGACAGUUAACAAAAAUUGUGCUGUGCUAUGUGUUAGUGAGAAUUUCAUGAAUUUCACACGAAUGAUCGUAACGUUAUUGGAAAUGGAUAUGGCAUUACAAGGACACGAAGGAAGGCGUUAAUAUUCUGCGACAACGUCCCCUACAAACGAUACUGAUAUUUUCAAAUAAAUACUGCAUGCGAUAAUGACAAUCCUGUCAUUACUUAAUUAAAUACUAUUCAUUAAAAUUCCAAUGAGUUUCAAUUUUCCUCUCCACGAUUAGUAUGUCGAUAGAAUUUAGACAAAUUAAAUAGUUUAUCGAAUUUUUCCAUGAGGCAGUAGGGUAACCAGACCAAUCAGUAGACACUGACCUUUUUCUAGUACUUCCAGUAUUUUCAUUUUUGAUUGCAAAAAUUAUGAGUUUAAUCAUACGAUGAUUUGCUAAUUUUUAUUUAUGAGUUUUCCAGUGUCGACGGAAGAAUGUGAAAAAAAAACAUUCACCAGGACAAAUAAACACUGUCUGUUCGAUGACUAUAAUCGAAAAGAAUGAUUGUUCAUUUUUCAAUAUGCACCAGGAUGAAUUUGUUUGAAUAACCAUUAAACAUGGCCUUGCCUUGUCUUCUUCGUCAUUUAACAAUUAACUUCUUCAUUGUUUCCCCUUCAAAUAUUUCUCAUAUUCAAAAGAUUUACCAUUUUUCAAUCACCUGGAGAACCUCAGAUUGUCCUCACCCGCCUAUUGGUCUGUCUACCCUAUUCUGCAUCAUCUCAUGGAACAAUUUGACAUCCAAUCUCUUAUAAAAUAAACCUAUAAUUAUUCGUACUUUGUUCACAACUCUGACCAAUACUAUCGUAAUGAUGAAUACUAUUUACAAAAUUUCUCGUCCACCACAUUUUCCAUAAUUCAUGCGCCAUGUUUCGUCUGACUGAGGUAUCCCCGGUCCUUCAGGAGAUCGUCCAGAGCCUCUUGUGUAUAAUAAACAAUUAAGUGGGACGGCUCUAGGCCCUCAAAAACGGCGUAAACAGAGGGCUUCAAGUUAUAGAAAAAUAGUGGCUGUCCCCGUGCAGCAAAGUCCGUUGUCAAUGUUUCUAUGACAGUUGCUGCUGUAUAAUCAGCACCGUAGACAUGCGAACAAUCAAUAACCACUGGUGUCACUGAAUUACCGAUACAACGACUGUAUUUUGUCACUAAAUUUCUCACGUAAUCCACCGAGGGAAA